AUGACGACCAUUCUUCAGGCUCCUCUUGCUGGGCCCUCUCAUUAUUCAUCCAGUCCUAUACAUUCGUCUUCAUAUCCUAAUCUUCCUACUCUCAACAACCCCCUCCCUUAUGGACAGGCUCAUACUCAGAAUCAAGCAUAUUCACCACACGACUAUGCUCCCAUAUACUCCGACUCGGCCCCUUCGACCGCUCCAUCAUCACCUCAGCUGACAUAUUCCAACUAUUCCAGACGGGAUUCCUAUGCAUCGACACCUGCCAGUAGCUUAUCACUCGAUCCGAGAGAUCUGAUGGAGGACGAUGAUAUGGCAUUCCCAGCGUUCGAGUCAUCUGGAGAUACCUCCAAACCUUCGGAGCCUACUCAGCAAUUGCCGUUUCAAGACGACGAUGCUACCUUGGUAUCGAGUCCUUCAAAUGAAAACGCCCCAGUUUCUUCUCGGUCGACACAGGACGACCACGCUAUUGAAGUGGAGCCUACGAGACAUGUAGACUAUCUUUCCCACGAGUGGAAAGAAGAAGAUAUUUGGCGGUCUUGGAGUUAUGUUGUUCAUCGAAGGGGCAAUCUGGCCAACGGAACACGUUUGGAGAAUGCGUCAUGGAGAUCUUGGGUGAAAGCCAAGAAUCAGCUCAAGACUGUGUCCCCCGAAGCCUUGAAUUGGUUGAAGGAUUGUGAUGUUACGUGGUUGUAUGGUCCACUGCAAACCAACACCAGUACGACUCAGUCGACCGCCAACACAUCUCCACCGCCCAGUCGCAUUUCCCACUCAUCGUCUUUUAUUUCCAAAAAACCAAUUCUGAAGAAAAAAUCGGCAUCGGCGGUCAUCCUUGAAAGGUCGAGAUCUCAACAUUCUCUUCUACAGAGGGCUAGCGACAUUAUAAGAAUUCAGCAAUCUAGCCCCGCUCAUGGUCGACCUAUACUAAGACGCGGACAUUCGGAUUUUACCCUUCCUCGUUAUGCUGAUAGCUCCGUCGCCAACACCCCUGCCGAGCAGGAUGGGACCACGCCUGGGGUAUACUCAUCCUAUAAUUUUCCAGAUGUGCCAACGCCAUCAGAGUGUAAACACGUUCUCUUUAAUGAAGAGGUCCGACAGGUGCAGGCCAUUGACUCUGAAGAUGACGACAAAAUCGAAGAAGACGAGACAACCAUAUUUGAUGAAGACGAGGACGAUGAUGGUGGACUAAUGAUGGCCCCAGCCACUAGGCCUGGCCGAGGCAGUGGACGAGCAACUCCACGUGGUAGCUUCAGCAUGGAGUCCAAAACGAUCGUACCAUUGCCCUCUACCACACUCAAGUAUCGGACUGACACGCCCGAACCUCGGGAACUCUCCAAUGGUCAAGUUGGGCUUUGGCCUCUUGGGCGCAAAUUAUCGCCUUCACCUUCACAGGAAACAUUGAGGCCUACAAGGCCAAAUCAGAAUUUCCUGAUAGAUGAUGAUCCGGAAGUCUCGGACGAACCAUGGCAACCUCAGUCCAGUUAUGGAGGGCAAUCUCCGUAUGACGACGAGGAUGAUGAAUCCGACCGAAGUCGACACAUGAGACGAACAGAAUCUGGCAUGUUCAUGCCUUACGAAGAGAAUGAUGAGGAAGAAGCAAUCAUGAAUAGUACCCUUUUCGGCCAGGCUAUGUAUGCUGUCAAUACGUUUAAAGAUAUUGCUCAUGUCGUCUGGAAUGUGGGCUGGAACCGCAAAUGA